CUGCUGACUCAGUGCCUUACCAGCAGUCCCUGCAGCCCGAGAUACAGCAUCCAGCAACCGACGCGCACUCCUCCGGUCAACUCGCCCCGGCACCACCGUACAGAAAUGGCUAAGACCGCAAUCGCUUACAAAGAGAAGAUGAAGGAGAUUUCAGUUCUCUCACUCAUCUGCUCUUGUCUGUACCCUGAGAGCCGCAAAAACAUCAUGGGUGACUUUGACGACAUGGACAUCAAGCCCAUUAACAAGCGAGCCUCAGGCCAGGCCUUUGAGGUCAUCCUGAAGCCGCCCUCCCCUGUGUCUGAUGGUUCCCACUGCAUCACCAGCCCCCCAAAGAGGGACAUUUCCCUGGAUGACAUCCAGAAGAAACUGGAGGCAGCUGAGGACCGGAGGAGAUCCCAGGAGGCGCAGGUACUUCGGGCCCUGGCUGAGAAACGGGAGCACGAGCGUGACGUGCUGCUGAAGGCCAUGGAGGAGAACAGCAACUUCAGCCGCAUGGCCGAGGAGAAGCUCCAGCUGAAGAUGGAGCAAAUCGAGGAGAACCGGCUGGCCUACCUGGCCGCCAUUAUGGAGCGCCUGCAGGAGAGGGAGAGGCAUGCUCAGGAGGUGCGCAGGAACAAGGAGUUGAGAGAAGAGUUGACAGCGUGA